ACUGUUUACUUUGUGUUUAUGAAAUUUAAAACAGCAAGCUUGUUUAAAUAGACUUUAAUCCUUCGAUGGAUAAUAGUUGAUGUGAUAAAUUCAUGUUUAUACGUUGAAAUACUAAUGGACUGUAUAAUACAAUUAAGUAAACAGUCAAAGCGUGUUAAGUGAAAUAUGUUUUAUUUUCCUGUCAACUUAAAGUUUGCAGUGUUGUUGAUAACCAAAAAAAAAUGGGCAAGAGAUUGUCUACGAGAAAAGUUUCAAAAGAAAUGGAUCAAGAAUUUAUUAUUCAAUGUAUAAGACACGAACACAAAAAAAUCAGACUGUAUUGCAAGGACCACAGCCAGUUGUGCUGCUCUGUUUGUGUUGACCUUUAUCACAGACUGUGCAUUGGAGUGAUGCCAAUAUCAGAAUUCGUUAAAGAUCAACCAGUCGAUACGAAUCCGCUGUCAUUGAAGAUUCAAACCGUUCUUCCCCAACUGAAGAGCCUUCAGAAUAAUCAGGAGACCAGCAUGAAGUAUUUGCAGAAAUCAUACAGAGAUCAUGAGCGAACCAUGAUUGAACAAUUGCGUCAACUGAUAUACUCCAUGUUUGUUAAUAAUGAUAAUAAACAUAAGCAAGCAGAACUGAAUCUGAAAAUAAAUUCUAUUUUAGUGGACUUCGAGAAAAGUACUUUGAAAGAAAUGAGAAAUGAACUUAUAUCCCAAAAGGAUUCACUUUCAAAGUCUAUACACACCUGCACCAUACUUCAGAAUGAUUUGACACACUUCCAUGACUUCAUUCAGCAAAUUGAGGGCAAUAAGGAGCUCUGCUUUACAGCCGUUAUGAAAUGUGAGCCUAUAAUACUGCAGGCAUUUACUGUGCUGGGAAAGUUAGACAAGGUGUUUACUGUUAAGGGGAAGUAUGAGCACAAUGUGAAAAUACCGAGUGAUCCGUCAGAAUGCCUUAUCAGAGCCAUCACUGUUCUUCCAGAUGGAAAGAUCCUGGUUGCUGACUUUAAUAACAAAAAUGUCAAGCUCCUGGACCAGCAGUACCAUGUGGUGACUCAUUGUGAUAUGACUGCUCAACCACUAGACAUAUGUCAUAUAACACAUAGUGAGGUUGCAGUAGCAGUGGUUGAUAAUAGGAACGCACAUGAGGUUCAGUUUAUCACAGUCAACCAAAGCCAGCUUGUGAAAAGCAGAAGACUUCAGUUAGAACAUAGAUGUAGAGCUAUUGCCCACCAGCAUGGAGACAUGUUCAUAUGCACUGGUACUGCACUAAUCAAGUACACAUUGAGUGGGAGACUUGUCUCCAAUAUUUAUGAGGAUAGAUCAGGUGUUCGGACAGUAUGCAGGUGUGCUGUGAGUCCCUCAGGGGACAUGAUGUACAUAACUAACUGGGACCAUCACAAGCUCCUCACCCUGGCCAGAGAUGGCACUGUCCUUGCCACAUACACCGAUCCACACCUACAAAGGCCACGUGGUUUACACGUGACCCCUGCAGGUCAGGUACUGGUCUGUGGAUGGUGGUCCAGCACUAUACAACAGGUUGACUGGGAGGGGAAGAGCAAGUUGGCCACUAUUGCUACACGGGAGAGGAAUGGAGUGGUGUUCCCAGAGUCAUUCUGUUACAGCAGCAGCACGUCUCAUAUCAUUGUGGGACAGUGGGACAACAACAUCCUGGUGUUCACAGUGGAAUAGUGGACUUUUUCAUAUAUAUUAUAGUUUUUGUUAUAUGUGACUUACAUUUCAUUGCUACUGUGGUGUUUUGAAUAGGAACGUGUAUAUUGUAAAAUGUUAUAGUAUAAACAUGUUUGUUUAAUUGCAGAAUCGUGAUUUUGCUAAACAAUUGAUUUAUUACAAAAUGUGAAGUGUUUCUUUGAACAUCAGAACUAAAUAUUAUGGGCAAUAAAGUGUACUUGCUUAUGUUUUUAUGUCUCAAACAACUGUUUUAGUAUCGUAAUUUAACUGACAAAUUGUCAUAAACUGUGUAUAAAAGAUUACAAUUAUAUACAUACAUGUACACGUCACUUGCACUAUUCUUAGUCUUUUGUUGGUGCAAACAUGUUAGAAUUGUAUGUUUAAUCUAUUUCUGAGCACACACCAAUA